AUGCCCGCAAAAAUCGCAUUCAUAUCUGGACCCAUCGACACCGGGCCACAAGAGAUCUAUUUCCACGAACACUACAUACCAAAGCUCAAAGAGGCAGUCGAACGAGGCGACAACUUUGUCAUUGGUCCUAUCCCCUCGGGUGUCGAUGCAGACGCGCUAUCUUAUCUACUAGCAUUCCCUAUAGCACCUACUCGGAUCACUAUCUGUGUGACUCCAGCAGAGAAUGGGAUGUGGGGUGUCAGGUUACGCAGUACUGGUGUCCAUGUACAAGUUGUGGAUGGUCAGAUGAGUCGAGAGCGAGACGCGACGCUGACUAGCAUCAGUACCUAUGAUAUUCUACGAAUACGUACAAAAGAGGAGGCCGGGGCUUUUUACGGUCGCAUGUCGCGAGAGGCGUAUGUAACUAAUACAGAGCGGAAUUGGAAGCGCCGGCGUGGGAUUGAGGAGUACGCGAAGGUGGAUGCGGAGGAGAUCAACAAUUCUGUGGGGAUGAAAUAA